AAGGGAUUAAGCCAUUUCUGGAGUCGGGGAAGUGAGAGAACAAGUCAUCGUCGUUGCACAUAUCCUUUUCCCAAUCUCAAGUGAAACGAAAGCUUUCUCCACAGAUCUCCGAUUGAUCAUCUCCCUGCCUUCCUUGAAAUCCAAGUAGAAGAAGAAAGCAGUAUAGCAAAGAAAAGAAGGGGAGAUGUUGCCAACCUCGUCGAAAGUCCGUUCAUCGUCCUCCGCUUCUCGACCUAACUCCAUGCUCCCUCAGUACCUCCGGCGAAUUGUCAAGUGGCAACAAAUGGAUAUUGAAUAUACUUUCUGGCAAAUGCUUCAUCUUUGCACCUCACCAAAAGUCGUCUAUCAGCACACUAAGUAUCAUAAACAAACUAAGAAUCAAUGGGCACGCGAUGACCCAGCUUUUGUUGUAAUCUGCAGUCUACUUUUGGCAAUUUCCACUUUGGCUUAUUGUGCUGCGUAUGACCACAGUGCUGCACAUGCUGUUUUUGUAGUUAUCUCUGUGUUGAUUUUCCAUUUUUUAGUUAGUGGAGUUGUUUUGGCUACAUGCUGUUGGUUCCUAACUAAUGCAUACCUUAGAGAGGAGGCUCCAAAUAGUCAUGUGGUUGAGCAACGGGUUGAAUGGCUUUAUGCAUUUGAUGUGCACUGCAAUUCUUUCUUCCCAUUGUUUGUUAUGCUUUACGUUAUACAUUAUUUUCUAUCUCCUCUUUUGGUAGCCCAUGGUUUGAUACCUACAUUGCUGUCAAAUAUGCUUUUCAUGGUGGCGGCCUCCUACUAUCAUUAUCUCAACUUUUUAGGUUAUGAUGUGCUACCCUUUUUGGAGAGGACAACUUUUUUCCUCUAUCCAAUUGGCAUUGUCAUUGUUCUUUCUCCCAUUUUGAUCUUAAGUGGCUUCAAUCCUUCAAGAUAUUUUAUGAAUGUGUACUUUAGUCAAAGGCUGUGAGCAUACUAAGCUAACACUUGGGAUAGCACAUAUAAUGAGGUGGGGGAUAGUCCUGAGGCAUAAUUCUUUCAUACUUUUAAAAGUAACGGCAGGGUCCGGUCGGUUGCAAAAUGAAGAGUCCCCAUUUAGUCCUAUUCCCUUGCAAGUGGAAAUCAGAACCUACUAAAGUAGGGUAGAAGCGUUUUUUGGAUAGUGGACAUUGAUCAAGUGGAUAUGUAACCAGUUAAUUCUGUACUUGCAUUUCUAUCUGGAAAAUUGAAUGUCAUAGUCCAUUUUGAACAUGGAAAUUCUGAAUGUCGAGUGUUUGCGCCUA